AUGACGUCCAUCCUCGGUUCUGCUAGGCCGCUCAUCCAGGUUGGGCCAAAAAGUCGAAACGCAAGCACUUCCAUGUCGAGGUUGCCAUCCUUUCCAACUACCCGGCCUUGUCGACGCGCGCCUUGCUCUUCAAGUUCCUAUGCGACCAUCUCUCCAACUGCACCUCGCAGCUCCCAAAGGAACCCGACGAACGCAUCGCGGCAUCCGAGAAUCGAUGAGGUAGACCACAUUCCUACGUCUGCUUUGGGCCGAGUCCUUCUCACCGCCGGCAGUGCGCUUGGUCUGUUGAACAACCCCUCUCGCGGUGAUCUGCUGUCAAUGCUCACCCAGGUCUCUUCAGGUCCAUCACUGGCUCAUCUGCUUGAAUCCAUGCGGUCGACAGAAUCAGGACGCAGACUGCUCAUCGAACGACCUUCGGUCAACUCAGAAACGGUCGAUGUUGACUACCUCGCAAGCCUCGAGCGCGGAAAAUUUGGGCGCGAAUGGAUCGAAUGGCUCAAAGACAAUGGUGUCGGCCCCGACGGUCGCGCCGAAGCCGACUACAUGACAACUCUGGAGCACAAGUACCUCAUCCAGCGCUAUCGUGAAUCCCACGACUUUUACCACUUGCUGCUACGCAUGCCUGUCACACAGCUCGGAGAGACAGUGGUCAAGUACUUUGAGCUGGCACAGAUGAACAUGCCUGUCGCCGGCUUUGCAGCCGCAGGUGGCACGCUACGCAUCCUUGCUUCCUCACUCUCGGCCUUGCCCAAGCCGUCCCAGCUGAUCUCUGCAGCUCUUAACCGGUCUCCAGCACCCGAGACCGCACAUCAACCACCCUCCUCUGCCGAUCUCUCGGCGCUUCAGACGUUAAUCCCUUGGGCCAUGCAGGUGGGUAGCUCUUCGGUGCCACUCAUCUCGAUUGAAUGGGAGAGGUGUUGGGAAAGAGACAUUGAAGAAAUGCGUCGCGAGUUCCGCAUCACCUCACCACCAAUUCAGGUCGCCAAAUUUUCAGGCCGCGCCAAGAAGGGUGGAAAAAGGCGAGGAUGGCCCUCGAAGAUUUUGGAGCAUCAGAAGGCUCAGCACCAGCAGCAGCAGCAGCAGCAGAAGGUGGAUGAGAGCCGAAAUUAA